UUCCAAGAUGUGUGGCAAGGAAGGAAAAAUUCUACAGUUUAAAAAAUAAAUCACAAAAAUCAGCUCUUUGAUUUGGUAUAGUGCGAAUAGCCUUUUGCGAUGUACGAGGUUAGCAUCCAUGAUUCAACGCGUCUCCUUCAUGUGUCAUAUUGACACCCGAUUACAGGACACAAGUCUGUCUGGUUCUUUUGAACAAAAACUUGCAAACCUAAAAGAACUUCAAGGAUCAUUUAACAUCAAAGAAUGAUGUAAAGAGACACACGCCCAAAGUUACGCACUAUUUAGAGUAAAUAAACCUUGUAGUAUAGAUGCGCUCUCCAUCGUCUAAUUGCAUCACGCGUCAGCUUGCUCAGUUCCUUAUACGACCGCAAGCCGUGGAAUGCCAAUGAUUUGGUUGUAAGCCCCCGGACAUUGUUUUGUUGAGGAAAACUUGCUGUUCGAUUAGGUGUGGUUGAAAUUAUUGAAUAAAAAUGUCAAGUAAUACGAUUCCCUUGGGUGCCUAGUCUAACCGUAUAGGCAACAUUGCUUUGCAAAGCAAAAGGAGAUUCUCAGACCUCCCUCACACUAUGUGGUGAGCCAUCCGAACAUAUCGCUGACGAUCCCUUCAGUCCAUGUGAAUGCGAUCAUGGAGGGGUUCGGCAUCUACAAACCCUCACCGGGGGGCGUGCAUCUCUCCCUCUCUCUAACAUCAUGGCACACUGCAAAGCCCUAAGGAGUGGUGCUUGUGAAACCCAAAAGAGCCUAUUAUUGUUUCAUAAACUCAGGUAAAAUAUGCUGGUGAGGCAUGCAAAUGAGGUUUCCCAAAAUAUGUCUUUUGUCUCACACUUUUUUUUCUCAUGAUUUAGUAAUAAAUUAGCAGUCGUAUCGUAAUUUUAUCCGGGUAUAUGUAUUUAAGCGAUGGGCUCAAAAGCAGAGUACAUCCGUUAUGAUCGUCAAAUACGCUUAUGGGGUAAAACUACUCAGCAGCGCUUGAUGGAAACUGAGGUACGAAUGUUAGAUCUACAAGGCGUGAACGCUGAAAUAGCGAAAAAUAUCGUCCUGGCGGGCAUUAAAUCUUUAAAGGUGUACAACACCACUCAAAAGAUCAGAGCUGCCGAGUUGCAUAAUAACUUGCUUGUGCAAAGAAGCAACGAGUCCAUGACCUGCGAAGAAGCGGGGGUUGAAACUCUGAAAUUGCUCAACCCUUAUGUACACAUCACUCUGAGUAAUAGUGAUAAAGGCGGCACGGAAGGCCUUGCGGGGGGCCAUGGCAUCAGCAUCGCGCUGGUACGCGAUGUUAUCGAAUUGAGCUCAGUCGUCGCGCAGUGUGGUGACUUUAGUGACGUUGUGGUGCUGAGUGUGCAAUGCAAUUCCUGUAUACUGACAUUCUUCUUAUAUCGUGAUGAAAUGAUGACGAUGGAGCAACAAUGGCGGCGACUUGUGGAAGACACGACCUGCAUUCAGAACAAACCCGCAGCGUACCAGAAGAUGCUUCUCGCCCUUUAUCUAGGGAAGUCUUCCCCAACAUACGUCCAGCUGCUAACGAGUGCCAUGGAGGCGGUUGAGCAAUUGCAGCUCGGGAAGAUGAGUGCAGAUGAGAUGGAGGAGGUGCUGACCAUGAAGGGGCGCGACCCCGGCCCAACCACUUGCACCCUCGCGGGGGCCUCCGUGGCGCAGCACCUAAUCCGCCAUGUGGGGGAGAGGGGGGGCGAGCGAUCCUGGCGCUGGAUGAUUUGCCGGGGUGCCUCCGAGGUGGAGGUGGGAUUGGAUUAA